AUGGAACAAAGUAAUGGCACCAGAGUGACUGAAUUUGUUCUCCUGGGAUUUGCUGGUCAACACGAGUUUUGGCACAUCCUCUUUGUGGUAUUUCUCAUGAUCUAUGCAGCCACCUGGGUAGGAAAUAUUGGUAUGAUCCUGCUCAUCAGUCUCCAUUCCUCCCUGCACACUCCCAUGUACUUCUUCCUCCAGCAUUUGGCGUUCGUUGAUCUCUCUUAUUCCUCUGCCAUAACUCCCAAAACAUUGCAGAAUUUUCUGAGCACAAAACCAACCAUCUCCUUCACUGGAUGUACAGUUCAAAUGCUAGUUUAUGGUACCUUUGUAACCAGUGACUGCUUCAUCCUGGCUGUGAUGGCUGUGGACCGUUACGUGGCCAUCUGUAACCCACUGCACUAUCCUGUCAUCAUGUCCCGGAGACUCUGCAUUCUGCUCCUGGUUGGUUCAUAUACUAUGGGCUUCCUAAAUGCUUCAGUAAACACAAGUUUUACUUUCUUAUCAAAUUUUUGCAAAUCCAAUGAAAUUAAUCACUUUUUCUGUGAUGUACCGCCAAUUCUCGCCCUAUCGUGCUCUAGUAUCAACCUCAACAUCAUGGUGCUGACAGUCUUUGUGGGCUUUAACUUGACAUUCACUGUGUCAGUUGUCAUCUCUUCCUAUGCAUUUAUCCUGGUUGCCAUCCUGAGGAUGUCUUCUACUGCAGGAAGGAGAAAAGCCUUCUCCACAUGUGCAUCCCACAUGACUGCAGUCACCAUUUUCUAUGGAACACUCUCUUAUAUGUAUGUACUCCAUGGCUCCAACAGGUCUCAAGAGCAGGAGAAGGUGGCAUCCGUCUUCUAUGGUAUUAUGAUUCCCAUGUUAAAUCCCCUCAUCUACAGCCUAAGAAACCAAGAUGUGAUCGAAGCCCUAAAGCACAUAAGAAACAAGUGUUUUUAG